CCGCCCCAGCCCUUCAGGCAAGGGACAGCCUUGCGAGGUAAGGCGCACGCCUGGCCGACUGCGUGGGCGCGCCCGCGCCUACCCUCUCGCGCCCGCCCUAGCUCCGAAUUCAGCCUCGUCACACCCGCGCUUCAGAGCCUACGGCACUGCCCAGACCCGGAUCGGCGACGAGUAGCCACGCGAAAAGCAGCACCUAGGGUUUGCUUGUUUGCGCGUUGUGUGUCUGUAACAGAUGCCUACUACCGGUAAUAGGCAGCCUGGUAAAAUGAGUCUAUGGAAACAGUUGCUCGGUUUAGCUAACAUCCGCUUCUGGCAGUUGUCCGACGCUUAGUUAACAGUGGAGCCGCUGGACCGAUGCUGCGCCCCUUCCGGUUUCGUUGCUGGCAGCCCAGCCCAUCUGUCCCAGGGCCGGAAGUGAGCUCUUCCCGUGUUCGUCCCUUCCCCAAGAUGGCAACAGCCGGAGACGAGUUACUGCUGCCGCGGCUCCCCGAGCUGUUCGAAACCAGCAGGCAGCUUCUGGACGAAGUGGAAGUCGCGACUGAACCCACCGGCUCCCGGAUUAUCCAAGAUAAGGUGUUCAAGGGACUGGACCUCCUGAAGAAGGCUGCCGAAAUGUUACUGGAGCUCGACUUGUUCAGCCGAAAUGAAGAUUUGGAAGAGAUUGCUUCCACCGAUCUGAAGUACCUGAUGGUGCCAGCAUUUCAAGGAGCAUUCGCCAUGAAACAAGUCAACCCCAGCAAGCGUCUAGAUCAUUUGCAGUGGGCUCGAGAACACUUUUUAAACUACUUAACUCAGUGCCGAUACUAUCAUGUGGCAGAGUUUGAGCUGCCCAAAACCAAGGCCAACUCUGCUGAAAAUAACACUGCUGAUUCCUCCAUGGCCUAUCCUAGCCUCGUUGCUAUGGCAUCUCAGAGACAGGCUAAAAUAGAGAGAUACAAGCAGAAGAAGGAGGUGGAGCAUAGGUUGUCUGCACUGAAAUCUGCUGUGGAAAGUGGUCAAGCAGAUGAUGAGUGUGUUCGUGAAUAUUACCUCCUUCACCUUCGAAGGUGGAUUGGUAUCAGCUUAGAAGAGAUUGAGAGCAUUGACCAGGAGAUAAAGAUCUUGAGAGGAAAAGACUCUUCAAAAGAGGCAUCAACUUCUCACUCAUCUCGUCAGGACAGGCCUCCAAUGAAACCGUUUGUUCUCACUCGGAACAUGGCCCAAGCCAAAGUAUUUGGAGCUGGUUAUCCAAGUCUGGCAUCUAUGACAGUGAAUGACUGGUAUGAACAGCAUCGGAAAUUUGGAGCAUUACCUGAUCAGGGUGUAGCCAAGAAAACAUCAGAGUUCAAAACAGCAGCUCAGCAACAAGAUCAGGAACAGGAGGAAGAGGAUGAUGAACAGGCAGUCCACAGAGCUCGGGAGUGGGAUGACUGGAAGGACACCCAUCCUAGGGGCUAUGGCAACCGACAGAACAUGGGUUAGUCUCCCCACAACAAGACAGGACUACAGGGGCUUCUGUCUUCCCCACCAAGGAAAGCUGUGCAGUCUUCCCCUCCCUGGGCUCCUGCUUCAGCCGUGUACAACGAAGGCAGAGAUGCUUAAUUAAUCAUGCUUUGCGUUCAUUAAAAUGUCAGUUAAGUGUGUAUUUGUACCCUACAUGAUGAGCCAACAAUCUUGUCUUGGAAUUAUAAUCCUAUCAUGGUAUAUUCCACUUUUCUUAAGUGGAAAUAAAAGAGUACUGAGAAAUGGUUCUGUAUAA